GAUCAGCUACUGUGACGGAGAUGAAGAUCCGCCCACACUCGCUGGCUGUCCAAUCGUAUCGCACCCCCACCUUCUGUCACCACUGUGGUGAGAUGCUGUGGGGACUGAUACGUCAAGGGUUAAAAUGUGAAGGUUGUGGGUUAGACUUCCAUAAGCGCUGUGCGCUGCAGUUGCCGAGUGACUGUAGCCGCGCACGGCGUCGUGUGUGUGGCCCCAGCCUGUCCCUGUUCCCCCCCGGCAGGCCCCGGACGCACUCCCUCUCCACACCUGCAGGAGGCAGUCUAGAGGAGAUCAGUAUGUCCAAGCCCAGGUCCAGACCCCCGUCAUGGACAGAUCACCCGGUGUGGCUGGGGGUGGACCAGGGAAAGGACGGUGAGACAGGCAGGGCCAGGGUGCCCCACACCUUCCACAUCCACAGCUACACCAAGCCUACCGUGUGCCAGCACUGCCGCCACCUCCUCAAAGGCCUCUUCCGCCAGGGCCUACAAUGCUCCGACUGUAAGCUGAACUGCCAUCGUCGCUGUGAGAGCUCCCUGGUCCCCGCUGACUGUCCUGGAGAGAGGAGGAACACCAAUGAGGAAGGAGACUCAGUGUCCAGUCUCGGCUACAAGAACGACACAGAGGAUGAUGAGGAGGAUAUGAGCUUGAGUAUAACAUCACUAGAAGACGAUGACGACGAGCCGUCUACUGAGGUUCCAUUUGCCGAGAACAAGGAAGUGGGACAUCAGCCACCAAUCAUUCCAUGUUUCAGUAGUUAUAUUCCUCUAAUGAGGGUAGUCCAGUCAGUCCGUCACACUAAAAGACAGGCCAGUGGAGUACUGAGAGAGGGUUGGCUACUGCAUCACACCAACACUGACACACUGAGGAAACGUCAUUACUGGAUAUUGGACUGGAAGAGUAUCACUCUGUACCAGAACGAGAUCAACACCAAGUACUACAAGGAGAUUCCUCUAUCUGAGGUGCUGCAGGUACGAGGCCCCGCCCAGCUGUCUGUCCCCUUGUUGCCCGGCAACAGUGCCCACUCCUUCGAAGUGGUCACGGGCACACUGGUGUACUGUGUGUUGGCGGGCCGGGACGGACAGGCCUGGGAGACCGCCGUACGCCAGGCUCUGAUGCCCGUGCUGAACAGCGGGCAGGUGGACAAACAGGGACAAGACCAUGAACCCCAGAGUGGAAAAAGCCCGGAUGUCAGCUCGGUCUAUCAGAUCUUCACUGAUGAGGUGCUGGGUUCAGGACAGUUUGGAGUGGUGUAUGGAGGCACCCACAGACAGUCUGGUCGGCCAGUGGCCGUCAAGGUCAUCGACAAAACCCGUUUCCCUACCAAACAGGAGAGACAGUUGAGGAACGAGCAGGCAAUUCUACAGAAUCUGUCCCACCUCGGUAUAGUUCUACUGGAGGGCAUGUUUGAGACCAUGGAGCACGUAUUCAUCGUCAUGGAGAAGCUCCAUGGAGAUAUGCUGGAGAUGAUUCUGUCCAAUGAGAAGGGCCGACUGCCAGAGCGCACCACACGUUUCUUGGUUACACAGAUUCUAGAGGCCCUGCGCUACCUGCACUUCAAACACAUCGCUCACUGUGACCUGAAACCUGAGAAUGUACUGCUGGCCUCCCCAGACUCUUUCCCUCAGGUAAAGCUGUGCGACUUUGGUUUUGCCCGCAUCAUCGGCGAGAAGUCGUUCCGCCGGUCGGUGGUGGGCACGCCGGCCUACCUGGCACCCGAGGUCAUCAGUAGCCAUGGUUACAACCGCUCGCUGGACAUGUGGGCGGUGGGUGUGGUCCUGUACGUCAGCCUGAGCGGAACGUUCCCCUUCAACGAGGACGAGGACAUCAGACAACAGAUCACCAACGCUGCCUUCAUGUACCCCCGCCUGCCCUGGUCUAACAUCUCACUAGAGGCGGUGAGUCUUAUCAACAACCUGCUCCAGGUUGCAGUAAGAUGUAGGUUCAGUGUGGGAAAAGCACUGGGGCACUCCUGGCUACAGGACUUCCAGUUGUGGUGUGACCUGAGGGAGUUUGAGAAGAGGAUGGGCUGCAGGUACCUGACCCACGAGGGGGACGAGGACCGCUGGAGAUGCCACGCACUGGAGAGGGGCCUGGUCUUCCCUUCUCACCUCACCUGGACCCCCGGGCACGAUGACAGCCUGUGACCCUAGGCCCAAAUGUCAAAGGUGAAGGGUCGGACAAGAUGGCGUCUGGACUACUGGUGUGUUUCAGUGGUCAUCAGCAUACACAACUGUCUGGACGCUGUUAGUGGAAGGUGGAGUGGUGAGUCUGUUCUUAUAGCAGUCUCGUAUAAAAAGAUCACCAGAAGAGAUUACGACUCCGGAUUCGGACGCAGUGACAAUUCCUGGACUUUAUGGUGCCCUAGUGAUGCCAGCUGUUGUAGUGGUUAUUAUUUAAUGCAUGAUCAUAUUAGGACUAAUGUUUCAGGCCCUCUGUGCCCCAGAGGAGUAGUUUACCAGGAUCACAAGGCAGGUUCUCUGUCCUUCUACAAAAUGCAUCCUUCUAUGACCCUCCUCCACAGAGUCCAGACAAAUUCACUCAGCCCCUCUAUCCUGCGUUUGGGCGGUAUUGGUACGAUACUGAGAUGUGUAAGCGGUGAUAGAGGUGAUGGUCUACAUACACUAUAUAUACAGAAGUAUGUGGACACCCCUUCAAAUUAGUGGAUUCGGCUAUUUCAGCCACACCCA